AUGGAAGAUGUAAAGGAUUCUGGACUGAAGAAAUUUUGUGCCAAAAAUAAAGUUAUCAUCCUUGGCUUCAUCUGUAUCAUGGCUGUGAUUGCUUUGAUCGCUGUGGGGCUGACCCAGAACCAAUCAUUGCCACAAAAUGUUAAGUAUGGGAUUGUGCUGGACGGAGGCUCUUCGCACACGACUUUGUACAUCUAUAUGUGGCCGGCAGAAAAGGAGAAUGACACAGGGGUGGUGACGCAGAUAGGAGACUGCUUGGUACAAGGUCCUGGAAUCUCAAAAUUUGCUCAUAAAACACGGGAGUUAAAAACUUAUCUGCAUGCCUGCAUGCAAAAAGCCAAGAAAAUAAUUCCACUUGCCCAGCACAGACAGACACCUGUUUACCUGGGAGCUACAGCAGGCAUGCGGUUGCUCAGACUUGAAAAUGAAAACCUGGCAGAUGAAGUCCUGAAGGAGUUGACAGAGGUUCUCAGAAGCUUCCCCUUUGACUUCCAGGGUGCCAGAAUCAUCUCUGGCAAAGAGGAAGGUGCCUAUGGUUGGAUUACUAUCAACUACCUGCUGGGGAAAUUCACUAAGAAAAUGAGAUGGCUCUACCCGCUGGGAAAUGAAACCAAUAAUGAGGAAACCUAUGGAGCUCUGGACCUUGGGGGAGCCUCUACACAAAUCACUUUUGAGCCCCAAAACCAGACAAUUGAGUCUCCAACGAAUGCUCUGUACUUUCGUCUGUAUGGCAAGGACUACAAUGUGUACACACACAGCUUCUUGUGCUACGGGAAGGAUCAAGCACUCUUGAAGAAACUAAUCAAGGACAGUGAGGUUUCAAAAGAAAACAUCAAUGACCCAUGUUUCAACCUUGGAUACAGCAGGAAAAUGAACACAAGUGACCUUAUCAACAACCCCUGCAACAAGGAAAAUAAACCGACUCUUCCAUUCCCCCAGUUGCAAAUCCACGGCACUGGAAACUAUCAGGAAUGCCAGAAAAGUAUCCUUAGGCUCUUCGACACCAGUGACUGCCCUUAUUCCCACUGUGCCUUUGAUAAAGUUUUCUUGCCACAACCUAAAGGACAUUUUGGGGCAUUUUCAGCUUAUUACUAUGUGAUGAGUUUUUUAAAUCUCACAUCAGAUGCCUCCCUCACCCAGAAAAAGAUAACAGACACGAUGGAAAAGUUCUGCUCUGAGCCCUGGAAAAAUCUGAAGGAACGUUUUCAUAACGUAAAGGAGAAGUACCUAAGUGAAUACUGCUUUUCUGGAACAUACAUUAUCACUCUCCUUCAGGAGGGCUAUCAUUUCACACCUGAUUACUGGAAGAAUAUUCAUUUCAUGGAAGAGAUCCGGCACACUGAUGUGGGAUGGACUUUGGGCUACAUGCUGAACCUGACCAACAUGAUCCCAGCUGAGCAGCCGAUGUCCACACCUCUCCCCCAUUCCACUUAUGUCUCCCUCAUGGUCCUCUUCUCCAUAAUCCUGGUUGCAGCGAUUUUCAUAGGCUUGGUUGUGUUUCACAGGCCUUCAUGUUUCCAGAAAGACAGUGUAUAG